AGCGGCGGAGGCGCCGGGCGGCGAGGGAGGCUGUGAUGGAGCACCUGGGGCGUUGAGAGGAGCCUCGUCUUGUCCAGGGUCCCGGCAUGGCUGGCCUCUUCAAGAAGCAGAUCCUGAAGCACCUGUCCAGGUUUACAAAGAACCUCUCUCCUGAUAAGAUCAACCUGAGCACACUCAAAGGACAGGGGCAGCUGACUAACCUUGAACUAGAUGAAGAAGUCCUGCAGAAUGUAUUGGAAUUGCCCACCUGGCUUGCCAUUACUCGGGUCUUUUGUAACAAGGCUUCCAUCAGGAUCCAGUGGACAAAGCUGAAGACUCACCCAAUCUGUCUGUUGUUGGAUAAAGUUGAAGUGGAGAUGCGAACAUGUGAAGAGCCCCGGCCACCCAAUGGACAGUCUCCUAUUGCCCUUGCUUCUGGACAAAGUGAAUAUGGCUUUGCUGAGAAGGUAGUAGAGGGUAUGUUUAUUGCUGUCAAUUCCAUCACCAUCAAGAUCCACUCCAAGGCCUUCCAUGCUUCUUUUGAACUGUGGCAGCUUCAAGGAUACAGUGUCAACCCCAACUGGCAGCAAAGUGAUCUCCGCUUCACCCGCAUCACUGAUUCAAACAGGGGAGAGGUUCUAACAUUUAAAGAACUCACCUGGCAAACACUUCGCAUAGAGGCAGAUGCUACAGAUAACGGAGAUCAAGAUCCUGUCACCACCCCACUAAGACUUAUUACGAACCAGGGCAGAAUCCAAAUAUCUCUUAAGAGAAAGACAAAGGAUUGUAAUGUGGUGGCAUCUAAGCUCAUGUUCCUUCUUGAUGACUUGCUGUGGGUGCUGACUGAUUCUCAGCUGAAGGCAAUGAUGAAGUAUGCAGAGUCCUUGAGUGAAGCCAUGGAGAAGUCAGCCCAGCAAAGGAAAAGUUUGGCUCCUGAACCUGUCCAUAUCACACCUCCAGCUCCGAGUGCUCAACAGUCCUGGCCUCAGUCAUUUGGGAACAGCCACAAAGUGAUCAGCCAGUACUUCGAGAAACAUGAUAUGAAAGAGUCUUCCUACCACCUUCUCAUCUCCCGUCUAGACCUACACAUCUGUGAUGACAGUCACACCCGAGAGACAGGUGCUUCCAAACAUGGAAUAAUGGGAGGUGCAAUGCAACUAACAUUUAGGAGGUUGGCCUUUGACUAUUAUCCUUUUCACUGGGCAGGAGACAGCUGCAAACACUGGGUGCAGUAUUGUGAGGCCAUGGAAACCCGGGAACAGUGGGCAGAAAAGCUGGUGAACGAAUUCCAAAGCAAAAUGGCAAAACAUGGUGAAAAAUUAAGCUCUGCCUUCUCCAAAACCAUAGGAAAAGAUUCUCCCUUCAAAAAGAGACCAGAUGGUCUUUCUAGUUCUCAAACAAGCUCACCAGAGAAAGGGAUACCUCAAACAAGCAUGCCAUCACCUAUCCUAUUUGGACUCCAGCGGCCUGCAUGGAAUAGACUCCGAUCUAGCUGUGUGGUUGUCCGAGUUGAUGAUUUGGAUAUUCAUCAGGUUUCCACAGCUGGACAACAUAGUAAGAAACCCUCAACGCUGCUCUCAUGUAGAAGGAAACUGCUGAAUCUUCCUGAACAUACCUCAGCCAUUCAUAUUGAGUUCACGGAGUACUACUUCCCAGACAAUCCAGAUUUUCCAGUCCCAUGCCCAAACUUGUACCUGCAGCUGAAUGGUUUGAUAUUCACCUUGGACACAGUAAGCGUGCUUUGGGUGAACUUGUUUUGCCUUGAUCUCUAUCGCAGCUUACAGCAAUUCAAAGCUAUAUACAAACUAGAGAAUUCUGGCAAGCAGGAUGAGCACAUUGAUGUCAGACUGGAUGGCUUCAUGCUCAAGCUAAACAUUCCAGUGGAGAAGAAAGUGGUUGAUCACCGGGACCGUCCCAAAUGCCUGUCCAUUCGCGCAUCAGAAAUAACAGCUACCAACACAAGGCAUGCUCCACACUGCAGUUGUUUAGCCCUCCAGAAUCUGUUCCGUAAAUUUGCUGCUUCAGAAUUCUUCCACUCCAGCUAUACCCAGUUCCCUAAAUUUCAGGAUAACUUCAGCCUCCUGCAUACCCUCUUUUUACGUCAUGCUUACCAAGUGGACACUAAAGCCCAGAAACGUGUAGACUUUCCCCUUUCCCCCGGCAAGUCCUCUGCUUCUGAAGACCUUUGGUCUUUCAAUUUCGCUGAGCUCUCGUUUGACUUUGAGGGAGCAAAGAGGUCAAAAGGCAAAGCCCUUAACUUUAUCAACCCAUUUCCACUCUGUGUCUGGGCCUGCCUCCCAAAGAGAUGGGAGAUAGCUCAAGCAUCAGUGCCGCAUGUCUCUUCUGCCUCACCAACUAAAAUCAAACCUUCCGCUAGCUUUAGUAAUCAUGCCAAACAUCAGCACCUUUCCAGAGAAGAGCAGUUCUGCCAAAGAUCGAAGACUGAGCAGGAUUUGAAAAGUAUCUACCUCGCCCCAGAGACAAAGGAAGUCUUAGAAGAAGAAAACCACAUUGUUAAUGGUGAAGGAAAUGUUGAUGAUGUGGAAGUAUCUGCAGAUGUCCAUGUUCUUCUGUAUUCAAGUGCACAUGUGAAGGUGCAACUCAACCACUACCAGUAUUUGAUGCUACUUAGGAUGAAAGAAGUUCUGUUGACAUUUCAAGAGCAGUUGACCCAAGACACUCAGGAAAUAAUUGGGUCCCCUCUAGAUUCCAUAACCACUUGUAUGGGCGUCAUGUUCGGCAGUGCUGAGUUGGCCUUGCUAAUGCAUCCUACUCCAGAUUCUGCAUUGGAACCUAGGUCUGUUGACUCAGAUACUACAAGCCUUAUAGAAUCUGAACUCUCCCCCUCAGAGAGCAGGGAGAGGCUGGUUGCUGAAGGUGGAGAGGUGAGAUUGGAUGCUAGCUCAGAGAAGGAAGAUAGCAGCCCCACAAAAGUAUUAGAAGAUAAUGGAAUUGAAAACACAGAUGGUGUGGCGGCAUUGCAGGAUGGAAUGCUAAAAUCCCAGAGUGAUGGAGCCUUCGUAGGAGAAACCACAGUAGAAAGAGGUCCUAUAGAAGAAGCACAUGAAGCUGAAGAAGUCCUUGGUGCAGAAAGACCAAGUGAGCUUGAAAAUUUUUGUCCAACUCCUCAAGGUCUUCCUUCUAGCCCAUCUUCUUUUGUAGAUCCUUUAGGUGGCAUACAAGUCUCUCUAAAUGGACAAGAGGAGCUAAUCCCUCUGAAAAGCAUGGAGCUGGAGUUAUCUAGUGCACUGCAUAUAACCAAAGGUGCCACCAAGGAAGCUUUGCAUGUGACCAUGGACCUCACCAAAGAGGCUAUGACAAUGACAAAAGAUGCUUUCAGCUUAAGUAGGGAAAAGAUGGCCUCCACAAUGCAGAAAAUGUUUGUCCAUCCCCAAAUUAAGGAUCCCACACCGAAGACUGAAGAGGGGCCGUUGACUCCAGUGGGAGGCAGUAGUGGACGAAUGCGUUUCUUCUCCAUGAAAAGGACUGCCUCCCAACAUUCCAUUGAUACCAGCUCUCUAGAUGGCAGUGUUCCUGAAGAUAGGUUGUCGGUGGAUAGCGAUGGCAGUGAUGGUUUUGUGAUGCUUAUAGAAUCUGAGUCUAGCCUGGAUCCUCUUACCCCUGGGCACAUUCUGCAAGUCCUUGAUGAUGCAGGCCACAGGUCAAGCCCAAUGGCAGAUGAGGAAAGAGAAUCAACCUAUAUCAACAGCUCAGCUUCUCCCAGCGGACCAGACUCCAGCCCCCAGAUGGUAUCUGUCUUGGUGUUGAAAAUGAAAGAAGUAAACUGUGUGAUAGAGACGAAAGGAGAUGAUAUGGGACUUGCCCUUCAGGUUAUGGAGCUAACCCCUGCGCACCUAGGAAAUCUAAGUAUGUGGCAGUUUCUGCAAGGUGACUGCACAGGAGAGCUAAACUCGGAGAGGCCUCAAACCAGUGAAACUAACCUGACCCAGCCUGAAGUGUCUUUACAAUAUGAAAUAGGACCAAGUGCUGCAGUGCAUUCACCUCUGGCUGUUCAGAAUGGGUUUUUCCACAUGCUGAUUCAUAGCUAUCGUGCAGAGCUGCUGACAUCCUUUGUUUCCAGCAUUGGACCCUUCCUUGAGGAUGAGGUGAUCCCUGAAGUUAUUCCUAUGAAGAUUGAAAUUGUGGACACCAAGAUUACACUGAAGGAUGACAGUCCUCGAAUAUACCCUACAUCACCUGGUCCUGUGCCUUUAAUCCUAGCAGUGGACCACAUUGUUGUUUGUUGUGAUGAUGAUGGAGUAUUCUGUAUAAAAGUUCCACAGGGGGAAGAAUCUUCUAUGCAGAAGAGGCUUCAGAAAGAUCUUAAGAAACAGCGGAGAAUUUCUGCAGUUUCAGCAGGAACCAGUGAUGAACUUCAGCUAAAAGAAGUGCCAGCUUUGGAGAGAGAGCUACAGGUCACUAAAAAAGCCCUUGCAGAAGCAAAUCUGGACAAAAUACGCCUACUACAGGAAAUAAGGAAAUAUGAUCCUCUCUUCCAGCUUUGACAGCAGAGGACUGAGCUAAAGAUGCUCAGGGCAACCAGAGAUCACCAGCAGCAUAAAAAAGCUUGCUUGUUACAUUACAGCUGCCUAGGCCAUCUUCAAUCCAGAGUAACUGCCUUGAGGAGCAGAAACAGUGUGCCAUUACAGGAGAUGGAACAUGGAAAUGGACAGGCAGUGAGGAAACAUGGGGAUAUGAUGGUCUGGAGUGUUCGGUUUUGCAGCCUAUGUCCAGAUAGCAUGAAACUACACUUCAGCUGAAACAUGGCAGCACUGAAAAGCUGCAAAGCCAAACAAGGAAGAACUAGGUUUCUGUCCCAUUCAAGUUGUCUAAAAGUGGUGCUAAAAAAUGAAUAAUCUUUCUCAUCA